AUGGACUUCGACGGCCGCCUGGACCUGAGCGCGCUCCGCGCCGCGGCCGACGUCGAGGCCUUCGACGCGUCGCCGAGCGACGCGCUCAUCCUCGAGCGCGUCGCCGGCGCGGAGGUCGUGAUCACGAAGGAGAUGGUCCUCGGCGGCGACGUCGUGGCCCGGUUCCCGGCGAGCGUGCGCUGCGUCAUCGAGGCGGGCACGGGCUACAAUAACCACGACCGCGGCGCGCUCGCGGCCCGGGGCAUCGUCCUGCGGACGUGUCCGGCCUACUCCAUCGAGGCCGUGGCGACGUUGGUGAUGACGCACGUCCUGGCCUUCUCCGCGUCCAUCUACGAGCAGCGGCGGCGGUUGCAGGCGGGCGACCGGCGCCACUUCGAGGACAUGGACGCGAACAUCGGCACCAUGCCCCACUUCGAGCUCGCGGGCAAGACGCUGGGCCUCGUCGGCGGCAACGGCGCCAUCGGCACGCGCGUGGGCCAGUUGGCGCUCGCGUUCGGAAUGCGGGUGCUCGUGUCGACGCGGUCGGGCCGGUGCCCCGCGGGCUGCGAGGUCGCGUCGCUGCCGGCGCUCCUGGAGGCGUCGGACUUUGUGUCCGUGCACUGCCCUCUUUCCGACGACACGCGCGGCCUGCUGGGAGCCGAGGCGUUCGCGCGCAUGAAGCCGUCGGCGUACCUCAUCAACACGGCGCGCGGCGCGGUGUUGGACGAGGCGGCGCUCGUCGCGGCCCUGCGGGACGGGGCCAUCGCGGGGGCGGCGCUCGACGUGCAGGACCCGGAGCCGCCGGCGCGGGACUCGCCGCUCUGGGACCUGGACAACGCGAUCCUCACGCCCCACGUGGGCUGGCGGCGCCUCGAGACGCGCCAGCGGCUCCUCGCCUCCGUCGUCGCCGACGUCGAGGCCCACGUCGCCGGCUCGGACCUCAACGUCGUCGCGCCGCCUUAA